GAUUUCGAAGCUCCGCCCGCCCGCGCGUCAGGCGAUGGACGAUGGAUGGAGAACCCGUACCUGACCACGCCGGCACUGCUCGGUCUGUCGCAGCACACGGCCGGCUUCUCGGAGGCGCUCAGGAUGUCACGCACCUUCGCCCACCAGGCGGCUGAGAGCAAGGACUACGGCGGCGCGUUCGGUGGUGGACCGCUGGCGCUGCGCUCGUUCGACUUCCCCUCUCUGCCGAGCCCGCUGUUCCUGUCGUCGCCGUUCCUGCCGGCCGGCAUGGACCCGCGGCUGCCGUUCGGCGGCAGCGCCUUCCACCCGGUGACGUCCGCCGCCGCCGCCGCCGCCGCAUUCGACCGCAAGUUCUUCGCGCCGGCCAAGCUGGAGGCCAAGUGCGAGCCAGCCGGCGAGUAUGGCGAGGUGUCGUCGACGGCCGGGGCGGCGCGCCGGCCGCCCGACGACGAGGAGCGGCACUCGUCCGGCUCCGAGCGCUCCAGCCCGGAGGACGCACGGCUCAAGACUGACGCCCUGCCCUGA